AGCUGAUUGGUUGCUAUGGGCAACUGGUCAACUUCCUCUGCACAGCUUUUGAAACUGAUUAACUUCAUGUUCAGAAAUCAAUUCAUUAACAACUACCAAUAAUAACUUCCGUUUCCGGCGCCAUGGAGUGAAGACGUGCGGUGUGUGAGCUCCCGGUCUACCACCUGCUUCCCGGUGAUCUAUACCCACAAUCUCCUACCGGACGAUCCCGCUUCUUAACCUCUUGAGAGAGGACAAGUUUAUGGACCGAUUUCUCUUACCUAUGGACCGGUCCUCCCGCUCCAAGACUCGGGCGCAGCCCGCAAAGACCAAGGGAGGUACAUCCAAGAUGGCAACUUCGCCUGCCUCGAGUCGCGCUGCUUCUCCCUCACCUUCGGACAUGGGAUCUAUGGACUACGGGGAUGAUUUUGAACCCCAGCGGCUUGACUAUUCCCGGCUCGUGGAAGCGGUAGCUAAAUCUAUAGCCCCCAAAGUGCAGGAGGCUAUUAUAGCCACAAUCCAGUCCACCCUGGCCUCCCUACAGCAGGCUGUAUCGCAGCACAGUGAGCAGAUGCAAACCGUUGAAGAGAGGGUGCUGCGAGAGGAGGAACAGGGAGAGAAGACAGAUUCUCGACUCGGCACGCUCGAGGCAGAGUGCCGCCGCCUGAGUGACAAGGUGGAGGACCUCGAGAAUAGAUUGCGCAGGAGAAAUUUGAGGGUAGUGGGCCUUCCUGAGACUGUGCCGAGGAGAGAUUUAGUUUACAUCUGUGAGGCGGAAUUGCCCAAAGCCCUAGGACUGCCGAGGCCCUGCAAAGUGGAGCGAGCGCAUCGUUUGGGCCUGGACCUGCAUCAGGGUCCCACGGAUAACCUGCAACCUGCCCUUUCUCACAGAAACAAACCGAGGCAAGUUAUUCUCAAAUACCUCGAUUUUACGGACAAAGUGGCUAUAUUGCAGGCUUUUCGUCAACGCAGGGACCCGCUCGUUUUUGACGGAGCCAUGCUGCUACUAUUUGGGGACUUUUCUGCAGAGGUCUCUAGAAAGCGCUAA